UACUCAACGUAGCAAGAAUUUGAAACGGUGAAAACCACAGAGAAAGGAAGCGUUUUUCUCUUCUCUUCUUUUCCAUUCAUUCUCACUCUCUCACUUUCUCCUUCUGUAUUACCAAUCUUUCAUUUCUCAGUGAAUUUCACCACCUUUUUCCUACUACAAGCAUCUCAUUUUCAUCUUUGGCUGCAUGCAACAGCUACGUCAUUGUCAUGGCUGAUUCACCAUCCCAGAAGCAUAGAGUUCUCAUGGUAUCUGAUUUUUACUAUCCCAACUUUGGUGGUGUCGAGAACCACGUUUAUUACCUCUCUCAAUGCCUCCUCAAAUUAGGCCACAAGGUGGUGGUGGUGACUCAUGCUUAUGGAAAUCGUUCUGGUGUUAGAUAUAUGACUGGUGGUUUGAAAGUUUACUAUGUUCCGUGGAGACCAUUCUUUAAUCAGAGUACAUUUCCAACCUUGUAUGGGGUGUUACCAAUUAUAAGGACAAUUCUCAUUCGAGAAAGAAUUACUGUAGUACAUGGGCAUCAAACUUUCUCAACACUUUGCCAUGAUGCCCUUUUGAAUUCGAGGAUCAUGGGAUACAAGGUUGUGUUCACAGAUCAUUCACUGCAUGGUUUUGGGGAUGUUGGUAGCAUUCAUAUGAACAAGGUGAUGCAGUUUACCUUGGCAGAUGUGAGUCAAGCAAUCUGUGUCUCCCACACAAGCAAGGAAAACACAGUGUUGAGGUCAGGUCUGGCACCAGAAAAGGUUUUUGUUAUUCCUAAUGCUGUUGAUUCUGCCAUGUUCAAGCCAGCAUUGGAACGUCCUAGUGGAUCGGAAAUUGUUAUUGUUGUUAUCAGUCGAUUGGUUUACCGGAAAGGAGCAGACUUGCUUGUUGAAGUCAUUCCAGAAGUAUGCCGGUUACAUCCUAAUGUUCGAUUCAUUAUCGGUGGUGAUGGACCUAAGCGUGUGCGGUUGGAAGAGAUGAGAGAAAAACAUUCUCUUUUUGAUAGAGUUGAUUUAUUGGGAGCUGUACCACAUACACAAGUUCGAUCUGUUCUAAUAUCUGGACAUAUCUUCUUAACCUGUUCCUUGACAGAAGCUUUUUGCAUGGCCAUAUUAGAGGCUGCUAGUUGUGGACUGUUAACAGUGAGCACACGAGUUGGUGGUGUUCCUGAGGUUUUACCCGAUGACAUGGUUGUGUUGGCAGAACCUGAUCCAGGUGAUAUAGUGCAAGCAAUCCAAACAGCAAUAUCUAUGCUUCCCAAAAUUGAUCCACAAGUCAUGCACAAUCGAAUGAGGGAACUCUACAACUGGCAUGAUGUUGCCAAGCGGACAGAAAUUGUAUAUGAUCGUGCUUCGAAAUGUCCCAAUCAAAGUCUAUUAGAAUGUCUCUCACGAUACUUGUCUUGUGGAGCUUGGGCAGGCAAGCUCUUUUGCUUGGUUAUGAUAUUGAGUUUUUUGUUUUGGCAUCUAUUGGAACUGUGGCAACCUGCAGAUGAUAUUGAGGAGGUGCCAGAUGUUACAUUUUCAAAGAACUGUGAUGAAGAGAUGUUGCAGAAAUCCUAA